CAUCCAGGGUUGAGGAAAUUAAUUUUCUUUGCAAUUGUCUCUUCAGAUUCAACGGCAGGGCCGGUUACGUCCCCUCCAUGAACCUGCAACCGUACAACAACCCCCGGGCUGGCCUGUACAGCCUGAACAGUAAGCUGCACAGCUCCACUCUGAACCUGGCGACCAGCAGGGACCCUCUGGCUGCUCAUCCACCCAGCACCAACCAAGAACCAGGUUCUCCCCGUCAGUCCAGAGUAGAGCCCAGUGUGCCCGGGCGUCUCCACAAAUCCCGAUCUCUGGAUGUCCUCUCUGAGACAUGGACGCAGAUGGAGAGGGACGCUUCCACCUCAAACGGCCAUGCACGCAGCCCUAGCAACAAAAGCACUGAGGUCAACUUCUCUGGCUCCUCUUCAAGCAACCAAUCGAACCUGAGAGACAGUCCUGCGGCCUCUUCCCAGCCGAGUGUCAGCGACAGCGGACGCAGCAGCCCUGAUCUCAGUCUCUCUGACCGCCGUGGCUCUGACACCAGCUCUGACAGCUCUGACAGCUCUAACAGCUCCGGGUCUGUCAACACUCCCAAGGUGCCACCCAGACCCAAAACUGAGGAGAUCCUGACCCGCUGCACCACCAUGACCCGCAAGGCAGCGCUGGCCACCAAGAGCCGGCUCCACAUUCAGCCAGAGUCCGUCCACAGCCGCUAGAGACCCAGCAGCUUCUAUCAGCUGCUGGAAGCCACAGGGUCACUCAGCAGCAGCAUUCACAGCUCUGCUGUCAGUUCUUGUCUGAGCAAAGAUGAAAGAUGCUGACAAGAUAAAUGUACGAUUUGAUCAAAUUUGAUCAUCUUUGAAUAACAAUAAUGUAGCUUCAGUGAAGCGUCAG